ACCAGGGAAGUAGAAGUGUCAGGAUGAAGGCAGCCCUCACUCUCCUGCUGGCGGUUCUGGCGGUCGCGGCCGUCUCGGCCACUGGCGGCUACUUCAAGCACUUUCACCGGGUCAAGGACGAUGGCGACGAGAAGGCCAUCAAGUGCUUCCUGAGCGACGAAGACGAACCCUGCGGCGAGGCCCUGGGCGAGCUCAAGGGAAAACUGCGCGGCGUCGCGUCUACCAACUGCGGAGAAUGCACAACGGAAGAGCGUGCGUCAGUCAUCGAGUACUUCAAGAAUUUGUUCAUCCGGAACGAGAAAGCGGCUAAGCAAAUCCAGAACAAGUACGACCCGACUGGAGAGUACCGCAAGAAGUACGGCGAAGUCUGGAGGAAGAGGGGAGUCCCCAUUUACUAGCCGCUUCUCCACUCCAUGAGCGUUUUGGUCUAACAGGAAAAAGCUUUCGUUUCCCUCCAGCUCUUCACGUGACACGUUUCCAAAGUGCUGUCAAAUUUUACUGGUUGUCACGAAUUAAGAGACAAAUGAAUGUCUCCGCAAACAACAGCAAGUUAUACAAUUUGACAAAUGGCGUUUUAUUGUAAGUGAACCGAUACUGCGGACGAAAUGUGCUCCUGAAAAUUAUGGAAUAAUAAAUUUCUUUAAAAACGGA